UUUCCCGGGUAAAAAAAAAAAAAACUUUACCUUCUCAUUAUGUAUCUAUACAUAUACAUAUAUACGUGUAUGUAUGUGUAUAUAAUCUGCGAAGUUAAAGGUCAAGCUUCAUCAUCGCAAGCAGCGAAGCUCCGCCAUUAACUUAUCGAGCUGGAGGUGGCGAGCGGAAGAUGUCAUCUCAAUCUGCCGGCUGUAAAGCCCAAUCAACCGCUGUCGAGUUUGCUCAAAGAGAGAGUGAGGAUCCGAAGAACGUUUCAACGGAAGAUGCAGAAGCAAGUUCAGGCCGAUCAGUUUGUCUGAAUUCAGGAGCUGUGAGGGAGGAGCAAGUGCAGAAUGCCAUGAAGUUUCUUUCCCACCCCAGAGUCAGAAGUUCUCCGGUUGUCCACCAACGAACUUUCCUCGAAAAGAAGGGCCUCACAAAGGAGGAAAUAGAUGUAGCGCUUCAGCGUGAAAAAGCGGCUCGUAUUGGCCGAGAACCACUGCUGAAAUCAUCAACAGAUGAUCGGCCACAAGUCUCUUUGCAAGUUCUCCAGCCCUCAGGUGCUAUAGCUUCACUUAGGCCUCUCCAUUGGUACCAUUUCCACUGGUCUCAUUCCAUCCUUGCCAUAGGACUUCUAGCAGCAUCAGGUGCCGCAACUGCCAUUUUCCUCAAGAAUUCAUUCAUUCCAAGGUUGAAGUCUUGGAUUUACAAAGUCAUCCCUGGUUCCAGUCCAACUUUGGUGGAAGGCCGAGGGAGCUGUCGAUGUGGCAAAAGCGCAGCAGAAGAUGUCAAACUUGAUUAUACGAGUUGCUCAAUGUGUAACAGAAAUGUGUCGGAAUCGGAUGUCUCAGACUUGAAUUACCAGCCGCCACCUGAGAAAAUUGCAGAGGCCCACAGAGUUGCAAAGUUUGCUGUCGGGGCAUUGGCCUUUGACGAUGUUUCUGGUGCACUGGAUUACCUAAGAAAAUCAGUCGAGCUUCUGACAAAUCCAUCAGCAGUUCCGUAGUUCUCUUGACCUCUGUGCUGAUCAAAGAUCUUUUAUGGCUCGCUGACGAAUAGGCAGAUAUUCUCUUGACCACCAUAUACAUAGUCUAGGCUAGAAUUGAAUCUGUUAAAAGAGAUCCAAACAUCACCAGUUGUCUCCUUAAACCCCUUCCAAGAGUUAAAGGAUAUGCCUGGUCAUCUAUUUUUGAUGCACCCGUGUCACCAUGUCCACCGAACUUCUACAGAGUGAGACUAUGUGAUGUCUGCAACUUCGCACCUAUCCAUCUCUGACCAUGAAAACAGAUCGACCUGAGAAUGCGCAGAGGAAAGGAAAGUGAAACCAUUGCGGCAUUGGUUUGGCUACUUCUGCAUUUGGAAUUGAAGCAGCUGGUGAAUGAUUUUAAGCACGAUAAUCUUCCUGUCCAUCCAAUAUCAGAAAAUAGUGCCCUCGCAGGGAUGAAGAGCUUCUGAGAAAAGUUUCAGAGUGAAGUUUUUGAAUUCUCCAAGCUCUUGAAUCGAAAGAGGCAAUAAGUAAAUGCUUCAUGGCAUCAUCAUCAACCCCUUACUGUCUUUGAGGAUAGCUUUUUUUAUGUAGUGGUAUGCGUCUCUAUGUCUGCAAGUUUCUGAAUGAGAGACUUCCAAUUGUAGGAUUGAAGAUGAGAAUCCUUUCAUUUAGUCUCUAAAUUCUGGACCUAUAUCGGUUGUCCGAAGUCUCUUGUAUAAGUAUAGCUCGAAUCUCGGCAGCAGCAAUGCAUCGGUAUUGAAAUUGGCUGCAACAGCACAAUCGAAGUACGAGUUUCAAGCUCCAACCUCAAUUCUCAGCUGCAAAUAUGACAGCUCAUGUUAAUGUAUCAUUAUCAUAUCAGAUUUUCAAAAUGUAUCCUGGUCGUGUUAUGUGUUAGUAUUUUGAAAUCUGUUGACCUUCA